GCAUCUGUGAUGACGCGCACUUGUUGCUUGCUUUACUGGACAAGGUGAAACUUUUCCAGCGCAACAGUAACGGACUUUUUAACGUUGUAACUUCGUGUGACAGCGCGACUUGCGCGUCUUGUUCAGCGUGAGUCCCAACAGAAUUCUGUUGGAUUCGUCCUGAAAUGUCUUUAUCAGAGCAAAGCCAGCAGUGGUAUCCCACCAGCGUUCAGGUAACGGUACUCCAGGCGAGGGGUUUACGGAUCAAGGGGAAAAAUGGCACGAACGACGCGUACGCCAUCAUGCAGGUGGCCAAAGAAAAGUUUUCAACGUCGGUGUCCGAGAAGAGCGUCGCGCCGGUGUGGAAAGAGGAGGCCGCCUUUGACCUGCCGCUUUUUCACCCCGGUAACGUGGACCGAUGCACCUUACAGGUGAGCGUCAUGCACCGGGCGCUGAUAGGGGCUGAUAAAGUGCUCGGGCUGGCGAUCGUUAACCUGCUGGACCUCUACGACAACAAAUCACGUAAUAAAACUGAAUGGUUCAAACUGAUGGGCAAGACGGGAAAACCCGACAAAGACAGGGGUGAGGUGCUUCUAGACAUCCAGUUCAUGAAGAACAACAUGACGGCCAGCAUGUUCGACCUCUCCGGGAUUGACAAGUCACGGUCACGACUCGGCAAGAUAAAAGACAAGCUGAAAGGAAAAAAGAAGGACGGUAUGUCGGAUUCUGCCUCCGCCAUCGUGCCUUCGGUUGGCCAGAUAGUGACUGACAGCGAGGGAGAGGAGGAGGCUGACGCCACACCCGGAAUCAAAAAGAAGAGCAAACUGAAAUCCCUCUUUGCACCGAAGGUUUUGCAACGUAACAUGUCUCAAUCCAUGUCCACACUUCCCACACUUCCUGAAAAAGAUUCAGCCAUCAGUUUGAGCAGGUCGUCUGGCUUAAACGUUGACUCUUCUGAAGGCAAGAAGAAAUUCAAAUUAUUUAAGCACAAGCGCAAUGGAAGUUCAGACAGUAAAGUUUCCCAAGGCGCCGGCUCCUUAGGACAGGGCUUGACGCAGAGCAAUCUGUGCGUCAACGGCAGUCACGUCUACGCAGAAGAGACCAGAGAGUCCCGGGCCGGUUCCACCUUCAGUCUCAACAGCUCCGGCCACGGAUCCAUGGAGGAUCUACGGCGAGGUCACGACAGGAAGAUCUCCACCACCUCCGUGGAAACGGAACCGGAGGAUAAUGCCAUGGAAGAGAUGCAAAGAAGACAAGAGGAACAGAUGAAAAGGGAACAGGAGGCAAAGAAACGGCUGGAGGAGGAAAAGAGGAGACGGAUUGAAGAGGAAGAGAGAGAGCAGUUCAGGAGAGAAGAAAUGAGAAAGGAGGAGGAGAGGAAGAGGUUUGAAAGAGAAGAAGAGAGGAAAUGGAUUGAGAGAGAGGAGGAGAGGAAACGCGUUGAGAGAGAGGAGGAGAAGAGGAGGCUAGAGAAAAUGGAGGAGGAGAGGAAAAGGAUUGAGAGGGAGGAGGCGAAGAAACGGAUUGAGAGGGAGGAGGAGAGGAAACUGAUUGAGAGAGAGGAGGAGGAGAAGGAGAGGAGGCUAGAGAAAAUGGAGGAGGAGAAGAAAAGGAUUGAGAGAGAGAAGGAAAGGAAACGGAUUGAGAGAGAGGAGGAGAAGAGGAGGCUAGAGAAACUGGAGGAGGAGAGGAAACGGAUUGAGAGAGAGGAGGAGAGGAAACGGAUUGAGAGGGAGGAGGAGAGGAAACGGAUUGAGAGAGAGGAGGAGGAGGAGGAGAGGCUAGAGAAACUGGAGGAGGAGAGGAAACGGAUUGAGAGAGAGGAGGAGAGGAAAAGAAUAGAAAGGGAAGAGGAGAGGAAACGGAUUGAGAGGGAGGAACAGAGAAGAAUUGAAGAGGAGGAGGAAAUGGCCAAAAUAAAGCGAGAGCAGGAAAAAGUUAGGCGGGAGGAGGAAGAAAAGAGGAUCAAGGAGGAGAGGAGGAGAAAAAUGGAGGAAGAGGGGAGAACAAAGCUUGAGACGGAAAGCAUGAAGAAAGAUGAAGACACCAAAAGGAUUGAGGCAGAAAGACGACAUGCUGAAGAAGAGGAAAGACUCCGGAAGGAAAAAAUGGAAGCAGAGGAAAACAGGAAAAGGAAGGAGGAAGAAGAGAGAAGAAUGACAGAAGAAAAAGAACUGAAAGAGCGAGAAAGGGUACGGCUGGAAAAAGAAAAGAUGGAGCUUGAGAAAACGGAAAAGGCAUUAAAGGAAAGGAUGAGAAGAGAAGAAGAGAGAAAGUUGAAAGCAGAGCAAGAGAGAAUCAGACAAGAAAAAGAUGAAAUGGAAAAACAGAAGAAAGAAAAAGAACAGAUGAACGCCAUCGAGAGGCGGCCUGACGUGAAACCAAGGAGUGCUCGAAUGAAUACGGGGACAAAAACGGAGAAAGCUGACACGAUUCCCUCACAAUUUGCCAAUCCCUUGGAAGAGUCCCUCUUAUUGGAUGAAAUCUCCACCAGUCCGUUCGAGCAGUCAAAAGCAUCAGCCAAAGUAUCUGCGGUCAGGCCAAGUUCUUCUCUUUCUGGAACCUUCUUUUCACAAGCAACGGUGCCAAAUACCAACCCGUUCUUGGAUGACUCUGGCAACACAGAAAACAUCUUCAAUCCUGGAGAUAGCACUGAAAGUAUAGAGAAGAAACUGCGUGCGCCGAUACCUCCCCAAACCAAGACACAGUUGGGAAAACCAGAACUUCCAAGAUUCCUUGCAAAUGCAUCAAUUUCUGGAGCCACACAAACUUUGAAAAAAACACCUGAAGACAGUGAAGAACCUGAUGUCUUUAGUUUACGACAAGAAAAGAGACCAGCACCUUUACCACCAGAUUUCUCCAAGAACAGGAGUGAAGUACUGAACAAAGACCGGUCAACCUUGGAUCAACUAGAUGAGUCUUUAAACCAGUCAGGUGGCAACCAUUAUGAUCUUCUUGUAUCUAAGGAGCCCGUUUCAAAACCUGUGCAUUUUGCCUUCGCUGAAAGCCUUUCUUCACGAGAAAGUGGACCAGAAGAUUCAUGGAGUGCAAAUGAUUCGCGGUAUACAGAAAAUGUGUCGCUGGAAGGUGCUGGCAUGUUGGAAGUUUCCAAAAAGAAAAGUCGGGCUCCUUUGCCUCCUGCUAAAUUAGCGUUGGCUGGUGAACAGAAAUCCGCAGGUUUGGGGUCAGUGAACAAGACUUUGGUACAAGCAAAAGAGUCUCCUACUGAUGCUCAGCCAGUUGCUGAGCUGAAUAAUGCAGGUGAACCAAAGAGAACAGGUGACUUGGGAUUCAAACCCAGCAGGGCCCAUGCAGUUAAACCCUUGAGCACCAUUGACAACCAGCCAGAUUUCAAAGACAAUUUCGCAUCUGCUAAAAUUGCUGAGGGAGCGCAGGUCUCUAUGAAGGCCCCAGAUGCUAAAGGGACAGGAUCCUACUCCCAGCUCACCCAUGAGGAACUCGUGAACUUAUUGGAAAGGCAGAAGGACCAGCUUUCUCAGAAAGACACUAAGAUCAUGGAACUGGAGCAGUAUAUAGACAAUCUUCUCGUCCGUGUCAUUGAGGAGAAUCCCAGCAUCUUAAUGUCAUUGAGUUUAAUGAAGAAAUCUGUUUAAAGUUUUUGGCUUGUGUAUAGCCAUGCUGUAAUCACAAAUAUGGGGUGACAGUAAAAACAUGUUGGUUCUCUGAGCAAAGGCAUUACACUAAAGCCAGUGGCUUACACUACUAAGCUGAAGAUCAGGUUGAUGUAUUUCUGAUUUAUGAUGUCUCACAGUAUAUAUUGAUGAGUUGAUGUGACUUCCCUCUGGUUUAAAAAGACCAUAGUGACUGUUUUUUGUACUACGCUGCACUAUAUAUGUGUAUGAUAUAUAAUUUCUUUCAGGAAGUUUUUGAUUUGGUCUAUGUUUUGUGCUAAAAGCCAUCACUUAAACAUAGCACUUUCUCUAUGCAAAGUAUUUUUUUAUCAGAGCUAUAUUAUCAUUGUGACCAAACAUUGUAUUGAUACGCUAAUGUUCAUUAUGUUGAACUCUGAUGAAGCACUUUAAAAGGACUUUCGACUAAUUGUCCUUAAAAAUGGUUUUCAUCUGUAAAUAUAAUUUGAUUAUCAUCCUCACCAUCCAUGUCUGUUUCAUAUAACCUAAAGGAUUUAUUAUUCUCUGUCUUUGAAAUAAAGAGUUUCACUGA